AUGGGAGACGUGGUCCCCGAGACUGAGGCUCCAGCCGAUGCACCCACUCCGCGGUAUAGCACGCAUAUCGUCUUAACGACAUAUCCCGGUCAGAGUGGGAUCGACCCCGUUCCUCUGAACUGGGGAGCGGCAGACGCCCAGAGCCGCGGCCCUGUGCUGGUGUCACGCAGCGGCCCGUUGCUGAAACGCCGCAACGCGUUGGGCGCCCACGGCGGCAGCUACAGCAUCUACAACGCGCUGGCGAUUGCAGCGGGGGAUCUGGCGGCUGAUUUCCGGCCCGACCUGCGGAACAGCGAACCCACGUUCCGGUUCCCCUGGCAGCCGGCGUGGGCGGACGCGCACCGGAUCGUGUCGAUGGAUCCGUACGGACACGACGUGGUGGAGCAGUUCCGCGCCGAGCUGGCGGCCGGGUGGGACAUCCGGCCGACGAUGGCGGUGACGCGGGCGAACAUGAAGCUGGCGGAGAUUGGCGAGGCGGUGCGCGCGGGGCAGCUCGAGGUAGACGGGUCGAUUGUGGUGGACGCGGCGGGCGAGGUGCGCGUCACGAAAGUCGCCGUCGAGCCCGUGUGGUAUCUUCCCGGGGUGGCGGAGCGGUUUGGGUGCGAUGAGGGCACGCUGCGGCGUGCUCUCUUCGAACACACAGGCGGCAGUUACCCCGAGCUCAUUACGCGGCCGGACCUGAAGGUGUUUCUGCCCCCUAUUGGCGGGCUGACGGUGUACAUCUUUGGCCCGCCGGAACGGGUGUCGGACGAGAAGGUGAAGCUGGCGCUGCGCAUCCACGACGAGUGCAACGGCAGCGACGUGUUCCAGUCGGACAUCUGCACGUGCCGGCCGUACCUGGCGUUUGGGAUCCGCGAGGCGAUCCGCGAGGCCCAAGCAGGCGGCAGCGGCGUGGUGAUUUAUUUCCGCAAGGAGGGGCGCGCCCUGGGCGAGGUCGUCAAGUACCUGGUGUACAACGCUCGCAAGCGCGGCGGCGACACGGCCGACAAGUACUUUACUCGCACGGAGAACAUUGCCGGGGUGCGCGACAUGCGCUUCCAGGCGCUGAUGCCCGAUAUCCUGCACUGGCUGGGGAUCAAGAAGAUCGACCGCAUGCUCUCCAUGUCGAACAUGAAGUACGACGCCAUCGUGCAGUCGGGGAUCCGCAUCCUCGAGCGCGUGCCCAUCCCCGACGAGAUGAUCCCCAGCGACUCGCGUGUCGAGAUCGACGCAAAGAUCAACGCCGGCUACUUCACCACGGGCAAGCAGUAUUCCAUGGACGAGCUGGCGCAGGUCAAGGGGCGCGGAUGGGAGAAGUGGGAGGACGUCACUCAUAGCAUUGAUUAG